UGUUGAGUUCUUCCUGCGCAUCAAAGCUUCUCGAGGACGGCCAGCUCUGCCUUCUUUCCGUCUCUCCCAUCCAAACUCCAUCCACUCAAUCAUCCAUCUGCAAGCAUGUCAGGACACGUCGACAUCCCCGCCGAGACACCUCUCCUUUCGGCCAGCAAGCUAGUCUCGUCGGCCCUCUCCAAGCUGCAGCAGGGCCAAUCGACAGACCCUUCAGCCCUCAAACAGCUCCAGCUCGCCCUCUCCAUCCUGACGUCCCUCGACCCUUACCUCGACACCCACUCUUCACCCGCUUCGCCAGCCCUCUCUUCCCUCCUCAAAGCCACCCUCGAGGAAGACUGGACAGCGCGUCACAAGGAGGGCAAGACGACGUUCCCCAUGGCGGCAGGCUGGUCGGCUGGAGCAUACGAGGGAAACUUUGUCGCUCACGUCGCCAGGUCCAUUGGCGCUAAGAGGGUACUGGAAGUAGGCAUGUUCACCGGUACGACUACUCUUGCUGUGGUUGAGCGACUGCCGCCUGCUAAAGAAGGCGGAAAGAUUGUAGCUUUGGAACUGGACGCUUGGUUGGGGGACUUUGUGAAGCCACACUUUGAGAGAGCGGGGUGCGCCGACAAGUUCGAACUGGUCACGGGGCCAGCAAAGCAGUCGUUGGAUGAAUUGACAAAGCGCGGCGAGGAGCCAUUCGACUUGGUCUUCAUUGAUGCGGAUAAGACGGGGUACGAGGGGUACUUUAAGCAGAUUAUGGAUGGGGGCCUGCUGAGGAAGGGCGGUGUCUUCUUGGUGGACAACACGCUCUACAAGGGCGCCCCGCUCCUCUCAAAGCAGUCAGACCGCAAGGACCUCUACGGCUCGGUGGAUGGCAUCGCGGAGGACAACGCUGAGGCCCUCGUCCGCUUCAACGACAUCGUUGCAAAGGAUGAUCGAUGCGAGGUCACCUUGCUGCCCGUCCGCGAUGGGCUGACGUGGAUCAAUAGAGUAGCUUGAGGUCUUCAGCCGAUGGGCAGGGAUGAAGGAAAGAAUAGGAAGCAAGCAGGCAGACAGCGAAAAUUAAGGUAGUAUCGGGCAAGCAUAGAAGCAAAUAGAUGAAUGAUGACCAAGUCGCAUAGCACC